UUCCUCCCAAAUAUCAACCCCUUUUUAUCUCUACAAUCUCUCUGUUUAUUUCCCUCAGUCGCCAAUCGCCAUGGCCACCGCCACUCCAAACCUUCUCCAACCUCCUAACUUUACAUGCGUCAAAUCCCUAUCCGAAUCUUCUGCUCUCACCUCCAUCCCUUCCACCUACACCUUCACCACUGAUCCCAAUCAACUCCUCGCUUUUGAGCCACAGCACUCCAUCCCCAUCAUCGACUUCUCCUUACUCACUUCUGGUGAUCCUGAUCAACGCUCCAGAGCCAUCCAGGACCUUGACCAAGCCUGUCUGGAAUGGGGCUUCUUCAUGUUGAUCAAUCACGGUGUGCCGGAGAGUCUGAUGACGGGGAUGAUUGAGGCGUGUAGAGGGUUCUUCGAUCUGACGGAGGAGGAGAAGCGUGAGUUUCAGGGGACCCACGUUUUGUCUCCGAUCAGGUGCGGCACAAGCUUCAAUGCUAGGGUGGACCAGAUUUUGUUCUGGAGGGAUUUUCUGAAGGUCUUCGUGCAUCCACAGUUCCACUCUCCCAGCAAACCAGCGGGCUUCAGUGAGGUUUGUCUAGAAUAUACCCAAAGCAUCAGAAAAGUAGUUGGAGAAUUACUUAGAGGAAUAUCAAAGAGCUUGGGAUUGGAAGAGUGGUAUAUAGACAAGACCAUGAAUAUGGAUUCAGGUUUACAAAUCCUCAUUGCCAACCUCUAUCCACCCUGUCCUCAGCCAGAGUAUGCAAUGGGAUUGCCGCCUCAUUCAGACCACAGCUUCUUGACCCUCCUCAUACAGAAUGGGAUUGGUGGGCUUCAGGUGCAGCACAAAGGACAUUGGGUCGAUGUGAAUCCAAUCCCCAACUCCAUUUUGGUUAACACCGGCGACCAUCUUGAGACUCCAUGCCACUCAGGAGGUACCACUUCCUCCCUUUAUUUUUUUCAAUCGCUCUUGAAACAUUGAGGACAAUGUUCAGCUUGGUUGGGGGGAGAGUUGAGGAAGGAAGUUUUGUUAUUAAUGCUAAGUUAUUUUGGUAAUUUAGUUGCUUUAUGCUUAAUUUUUAAAAUUUUUUAAAAUUUUUAAUCUACUCUCCAUGGUUAUUAAGGAAAAAAUUUCAAAAUGAAAUGGGAGAAAUUAAAUUUUUGUCUUUUUACUUGAAACUUAGAGUUUGUAUUAUGUUUAUUAAAGUUGAUGAAUUAUUGAACUCCUAUUGAUUUCAACCUUAUUUCUUCCACUUUAAGCUUAUCACACACCGUGCACACUUUAAGAUGAAAAACUAUUUUCCCCCUUGACUUAGGAAAAUUUAGACUUGGUACCUUUGACCUCAUUUUAAUAGUGUUGAGACACCUUAUAAAAGGCCAAUGAGCCUUUGGAAAAAAAAAAUGUUUUACUUGCCUUGAAACCCGAGCAAGGUCUAAGGGGUAUAUGGUGAAAAUCUUUAAAACCUGGUGCCCUAAGCCUUCAAUGGUUGGGAGUCACCGACCUCAAUGCUCGUUACAUGGGUGAAUAGGUGGAGUUUAACAUAUUGUAUGUGCUUGGGUAUUAAAAAUUCAUUCUCAAAAGUCCAGGGUGAAAUCCGAGGAGUUAGUGGUUGAAAAAUCCUUAAAGCUUGAUGCCCUAAACCUUGAUUGGUUGGGAGUCAUCGAUGGACCCCCGUUACAUGGACAAUUUAGAAAAGAAUGCCUUUAAGCUUUGCACUCCUACAAGAAAAAUUUGUGAAAGAAAAGAGGUGCGUUCUUAGCCUAUUGGAGGUUGAUUAGUUUGCUAAGCUUUGAAAAGAACUAGGUUGAGGAGAGAGAUUAGUUUGACAUACUAUAUCCGGAAACUAAUAAAUAACACAUAGAUUUUUGUGGAAGAGUAAGGAUUGGACCUUUGGGAGUGGAAAUUAUUUUGAAGCUUAAAUUUGCAUAAUGCCUACUCUUUAUGAAUUGUGACUAGGCAAAUUAUUUGAUAGCUCCUAUUGAAGUUUGAGUUUUAUUUCUUUCAUGUUCCAUGUGAGAGUUUGAUCAGUCAUGCCACUUAAACAUUUUUUGGAGUGAUCAACAUGAUUUUGUAAAUUUAUUACUUUUUUCUCUCCUUCAUUGCUAAGGGACUAGCAAUAUGUCGGUUGGGGGGAGUGAUUACUACUCAAAAAGUGCUAUUUUGUAGCUUGUAAUUAACUCUUUUAAACUCUCUUGAGUAGUAAUUAUUACCUUUUAACUCAAGUGGCAUGUUAAGGACCCUUGCAAUCGUUUCUAAUCAAAUUGUGUUAAGUUUUGGUGUUUUUGAUAGCUUUUAGCUACACCAAAGCAAUCCAAGAAUGAGGGAGAGCUGUAUAUAGUUCAUGGCAAAGCUUUUGGAAGCUCAAAUUCAUGAAGAACCAAGCUUUGGAGCUCCAUAGCCUUUGCCAAAGUCGUUCAAAGUAUGCAAGGAAAGAACAAUGGAGAAGAGGAAAACAGAGUGAAGAAAACAGAUGACAGCAGCUGCAGUCUUCUUUCGCACUUUUGGAGCACUUUCCGAAGUCCAUUUUCUACAUGCUAUAUACCAUUUCAAAGCUCAGGAAGUCAAAAAUCCAACGCUUCAAACCGUGUACGAUUUGGAGCUGAAAUAAGGAAGAUAUGGCCUUCUCAAGACAACUGCAUCCAGCUGAAGGACAAAUUCGCAUAUUGCGAAUUUGGAACUCCAACGUGCGAAAGUGAUUUUGCAACUUGCGAACUUGGAGCUCAACGUGCAAAAAUGGAUUCCAAGUUGCGAAAUGAACUUGCGAGAUUUUAGCAAGUCACCAUGCAACGUGCGAAAUCUACAUGCGAACUGGGAUAUUUGUGCACCGACUCUUUUAGAUCUUUUCUUCAGAUAUUUUUGUAUAAAUUUCCAUUCUUCUCCUUGUAAUCCACCAACCAUAAGAUUUCUUAGCUAGGAAGGUUGGAAAAACUUCUCUAUAUAUAUUCUCUUGCAUCCAUUGUAAUAGAUAUCGAUCAAUAGAUAGAAGUAUGGAAAAUCAUCGAUCAAUAUAUAGAUAUUUAAAUAUAUAGACUAUACAGAGCCUUGCUCUGUUUUUCUC